GCAUGUCAAUUCUGGAGCUGGACUCCACUUACAGACUGAGCAGAGGUUUCCUGAGGACUGACUCUGAGCAAAAUGGCUGAGUGGUUGAGCAUCCUAGGGCACUGGUGUCACUAUACGGUUACACGGACAGUUUCCUGCCAAGUGCAGAAUGGGUCAGAAACAGUGAUCCAGCGAGUUUAUCAGAGCUGCCGGUGGCCAGGACCUUGUGCCAACUUAGUGAGUUACAGGACUCUCAUCAGGCCCACGUACAAAAUGUCCUACCGAACUGUGACCACGCUGGAGUGGAGAUGCUGUCCUGGCUUCACGGGGAGCAACUGUGAAGAGGGUUCUUCUGGCCGCCAGCACGGUUACUUUUCCAACCAGGACCAAUGCAUGAACUGCACGAGACUAGCAGAUAUGACCGAGAGACUAAACACGCUUGAGGCCAAGAUCCUUCUGCUCGAGGCUGCAGAGCGAAGCCCACCGUUGGAAAACAACCUGCCAAUCACGGGGACGACAGCCACGUGGUAUGACGAUUUGCUACCAGAUGCUUUUCCCCUGCUGAAUCCUGGAACUGUCCUGAGAAAAACGGUGGGAUCUGCUGAGCCUAAAGGACACAGAGGUACAGAGGAGCAGCUGAUACCACAGGGGCUGCCAGGACAGGUUGGUCCUCCAGGCCCAGUUGGACCAACUGGUCUUCCAGGACCACCAGGGCCGAAAGGAGAGAAGGGACAACCUGGUGAGAGGGGCCCGGCGGGGCCACCAGGGCUGUUGGGACCUCAAGGACCAAGAGGACUUCCAGGAGAAACCGGGAUCCCGGGUCCCCCGGGUCCUCCAGGGCCACCAGCCACCCCAAGCCUCCCUCUUACCUUCCAGCAAGGGGUCCUCUACUCACUCCAGCCUACAGCUGAAAAAGAAAAUGGAGAACCCCAGCUGGCCUCCACCGUCAUAGACACCAUCAUGGCUGGCCUGCCAGGACCACGGGGAGCCCCCGGCCCGGUUGGGCCACCAGGGCCACCAGGCGCAUCAGGACCAAAAGGGCCACCAGGACCUAUUGGAGUCCCUGGAUCACAAGGCUUACCAGGCUCUCCAGGACAACCCGGGCCAAAAGGCUCCAAAGGAGACCGAGGAGAGAGAGGGCAAGCAGGUCUGACUGGAGAGAGGGGCAUUAAGGGAUUUCCUGGUGAACCAGGCAAGAAGGGUGAGGAAGGUGACAAAGGUGCUGAUGGGGAAGGUGUUCAACAACUUCGAGAAGCUCUGAAGAUCUUAGCUGAGAGGGUAUUAAUUCUUGAGCACAUGAUAGGAAUUCAUGACUCUUUAUCUUCCAUUGAGCCAGGCUCUGGACAAGAUGUGAUCCCGGGCUCCCCUCUGCGAACCAGCAUCAAGAUCAAACGUGGAGGACCCCAGCAGCCACAGGCCUACCAGAUCCUCUCUUCACUGCUGGAUGACAGUGAAGCCAAAAGGAGAAGCAAUCGGAUGAAGUAGGAGCGUUCUGUGUGUUCUCCGUGCCUUUCACCAGUUAAAGAUACAGUAUCCCAGUGCUUAAUUGCAGAGUGCAAAUGAAGUGGGUAGGAGGCUGCAGUUUUGGCAGUUGGGUUUCCUUGCCUGGCCAAUACUACGCCCUUAUUGCAGGGGAUGUCUUAGCCAUAGCUCAGAGAGGGUCCUAUGAACAUUUUUCUUGAUUUUGUUGUUUUGCCUUUGGAAUACCAGAUGGCAGGUAUCCUCAGAAGCUGUCUACAGAAAUGACACCUCCUGAUGGUGUCUCUAGAGUUUAAUCCUCCCCUUGUUUCCUCACUGCCCUUGAAAGUUACUCAGUUAAAGCACUGCUUAACUAGCUGAGGUAAUCAGUCCCAUCUAGACUCAGAGCCAAGCCUUAGCCUUGUCCAUUGGCAUAGUUGAUGACAUCUGCUUUUAUUUCACGUGGUGGUGUCAUGCUGACUUCCAGGUGAAGAUGCCACUUUCAUAGGCCAUUAAAGCAUUCUCAUCUGCAAGGAUUUCUUUUAAGCAAAGAACAAAUUGGAAAAUUCAAAGAACAUUUAAAACUGUUACUCAGACAAUUCAGGUUACUCUUGGAAUUUAGCAUCAAAAUCUUGGCUUUUCGUGUUGCUAACUGUAUGUGAGUGGCAUUAUUUCUAUUAAUGGUUGGUUAAGCAAGGACUUUUGAUGCAAAUGUUCAUGGCAAUAUUAACUUUCUAUCUAUAUUCAUUGAGAUUCUAUGUGUUACUAUGAAAAUAUAGAGCCGUUUGUAUGAGAUAUGAUGGAAUUGUGCAAGAAUUUUCCCAUAUUGCGUUCAGCUUGUGCAUACAUCCAGAGAUAAUUAAUUUAAGUAGUAGCAAUAACUAUUAAUGGAAAAGGAUAUUUUGCAAUAGUUUCUUAAUCCUACAUCAAUAAGGAAAAAUGUUUUUACACUGUUUUUUUUUGUUUGCUUUUUUAUUUUUUUUUUAUUUUGUCAGUAAAUCCUUGCCAUU